AUGUCGUCGCCACCAAACAGGGCGAUGCCCCCUUCGGCGCCUCCCCUAGCAAGCUAUUCAUCCAGUGCCAAUGCCUCGAACCAAUCACCUUCCUUGACAAGGUCUCCGACCGUGAGUCAGCCCUUCAUCUAUCCUAUGCGAUCAGCAGUCAGUCUUAAACAACCCCAACGUGAAGGAUCAACUUCUCAAGACCGUGCUGAGCCCACCACUCCCUCUGCCCUCGCCAGUCCAUCACGGCCGCCAUCCGCCGAUGGUCCCAAAAGCUCUGCCUCAGAUAUCAUUCACGAAGGCCGCAACCGUCCAGAAGACGUUGACAGGCACGCCGACCGCGCCAUGGCCCAGAUGAAGGUGCCAGGCAAUCAAGAAAUCGACCUCAGAGAUCACCUUGAGCAGCUCACCAGCACUCGCUUCGAAUAUGUCAAGACUGCAGAGGGCCACAUGAUUCUCACAGGCCGCGGAGGCAAACUAGCCCGGUGCGAGGACGAGCCAAUCCACACUCCAGGUGCCGUCCAAUCCUUCGGGUGCAUGAUUGUCGUCCGCAUCUCUCCCCAAGGUGAAAUGCUGGUGCGUCAGGCAUCCGAGAACUCUUCCGACAUCAUCGGUGUCUCUCCACCCUACUUGUUCAGUUUACCCACCUUCCUCGACCUCCUCGACGAAGACCAGGCAGAUCUACUGUGGGACAACAUCGACUCACUCGACCAGUCUAGUCAGGACCUCGCCGAGACAGGCCCUACCGUCUUCCAGCUCAGCGGCUACAACAUGGCCAGGUACGACCAACGCGUAGCAAAAGGCGCACAACCGACAUCCUGGAACGCUUGGUGUGGAGCCCACAUUCCGGACCGGAGAAACGAUGCUGAGGGUGAGCUCACCGUCAUCCUCGAGUUCGAGCUCGUCGACGACCUUCAGAAUCCCAUCUCGACUUUCUCGCCUCCAUCAUCUCCAGCCGCCGAUCCAGAUUGCUCCAACGGGCGCAUUCCUCAGCAGCAAUCCGACUCAACAGCCUCAGGCGCCGAGUCGCCUUCGAUCAGCAUUGCUACACUUCAUUCCAGCGGCAGCAGUUCCACCACACUCCGAGACAUCGGUGCGCGUGCUGGUCUUGAUGGCCUCGCCUCCACGCCCUCUCCAGAGGAGCUGCGGGAAUCGACGCUCGCCAUUCACAAGCCGCUCAAGGCUCUUUCCCGCAUGCGUCGCAAUGCCGAAACCAAGUCACGCAUACGUAGUCGUCGUCCUGCCGUGCUUCCAAGCACAGGCGGUGGCGAUGGCACAGGUGGCAUGAUUGACAUGUUCGGCAUUCUUAGUCAGGUCAACGACCAGCUCGCCGCCCAAAAGGAUCUCAACGAGUUUCUCAAAGUCCUGGUCGGUAUCGUUCGAGAUGUGACUCUCUUCAGCCGUGUCAUGAUCUACCAGUUUGACGAAGCUUGGAACGGUCAAGUGGUCAGCGAGCUCGUUGACUGGAACGACUCACACGAUCUCUACCGCGGUCUUCACUUUCCCGCCACCGACAUCCCCGCUCAGGCACGCGCGCUUUACAAGAUCAACAAGGUGCGACUCCUCUACGAUCGCGACCAACCUACUGCGCGAAUGGUCUGCAGAGAUCAGGCAGAUCUCGAUUUCCCCCUUGACAUGACGCAUGCCUUCAUUCGAGCCAUGUCGCCCAUCCACAUCAAGUACCUUGCCAACAUGGGCGUGCGAUCCUCCAUGUCCGUCUCCAUCACUGCCUUCGGAGAGCUCUGGGGUCUCAUCUCGCUGCACAACUAUGGCGCCCACGGUAAACGAGUCUCGUUCCCCAUUCGACAGCUCAUGAGGCUUAUUGGCGAGUCCGUCUCCAGCAACAUUGAACGUCUUAGCUACACUCGCCGCCUCUCAGCUCGCAAGCUGAUCAACACGCUUCCAACAGACCAAAACCCGAGCGGCUACAUCAUCUCCAAUGCCGAAGAUCUCCUCACACUUUUCGAUGCCGAUUACGGUGUGAUUGCCAUUGGCAACGAAGCCAAGAUCCUCGGCCCGCUAAAUGCGAGUCAAGAGGUGCUGGCUGUCACAGAGUAUCUGCGCUUGAAAAAGUUCGAGCACCUCGUAACAUCCCAGGACGUACGUCGCGACUUCCCCGACAUGGUCUUGUCUACUGGGCUGCACGUUAUCGCCGGUCUCUUACUGGUGCCUUUGUCUGGCAGCGGUGUCGACUUCAUCGCCUUCCUUCGCAAAGCGCAACUGCGCCAUGUCAACUGGGCUGGCAAGCCAUUCAAGGAGGGCAAAGAAGGUCAAGCGGCGCUCGAGCCACGUAAGUCAUUCAAGAUUUGGUCAGAGACGGUCGAGGGGACAUGUCGUGCCUGGAAGGAUGAGGAGCUCGAGACAGCCUCCGUCCUCUGCUUAGUUUACGGCAAGUUCAUCUCGGUUUGGCGUCAGCGCGAGCAAGCGCUCCACUACAACCAGCUCAAUCGGCUCUUGCUCUCCAACGCAAGUCACGAAGUGCGAACCCCACUCAACCAUAUCAUCAACUACCUCGAGCUGGCCCUCGACAGCAAAUUGGACGACGACACACGCGAAAACCUCAGCAAGUCACAUGUGGCUUCCAAGAGUCUGCUCUUUGUCAUCAAUGACUUGCUCGACCUCACCAAGCAAGAGAUUGGCCAGGAGCUUUUCCUGCAGGAGCCUUUCGAUCUUGCCGCCACCGUGCGAGAAGCGGUUGAGAUGCAUGAGUGGGAGGCUAAGCGUCGCAAGAUCGACUUCACUGUCACCACUGAACCUCAAGUCUGUCUUGUGCUAGGUGACAAGAAUCGCGUUCGCCAAGUCAUUACCAACACGGUCACCAACUCGGUCAAGUACACGCGCGAAGGUCAGAUCACUGUCUCGAUGCGCAAGCGCAGCGAGGAAGAGCGCGACACUGAUUUGCCGCCUAGUUGCGAUAUGGAAGUGGAGCUCAUGGUCAAGGAUACAGGCGAAGGCAUUCCGCAAGAGAAGCUAGAAGUCAUCUUCAGAGAGUUUGAGCAGGUCGAAUCGGUCAUUGCCCAGCCGGGUCGACAGGAUCCCGCUGUAGAAGUGGAAGCCAGUGAAGCCAGCAGCAUAAUCCGAACCGAUCAGUCGGACAGCGGUCUUGGCCUUGGUCUCGCCAUCGUAGCUCGUGUCGUCAAGAAUCUCGGAGGUCAGCUUCGUGUCGACUCUCUUGUGAGCGAAGGCACUACUUUCACCUACUACAUCCCCUUCUGCUCAGCCGAAACCACCACGCCGACCGAGAUGCCCCCAAGAGGAGGCAGUGGCGGCAGCGCUACAAAGCGCGGUAGCGACACGAUUUCGAUGCGACGAUCCAGCUCGUACGAUAGCGGCAGUGCAAGCUCGGCAGCAGGCAAGAGCGAAAUUGAAUCGCUGGUCGAGGCCAUACAACAACCCGUGUUGCGCGAUCAGAGCUACAUCGAGGAAGCUACUCAACAGAGGCGCAACGCCGAUAGCGUUUCGCCUGUUCUCUCAAAUGGUCUCAAGAAUGUGACCGUUGGCCACAGCCGGCCAGGAAUGCCAUCGAAUCGCAGUCACUCGUUCGACAGUGGCUCGCAUCCUGUCGAGGGCAGCGGUGUUCCCGUUCGUUCUGUCAAGAUCGAGCCGCAGGCUCUCGAUGUCAAUGACCGCGCUAACCGACGACCGAGCACUUCCGCUUACACGGCAAGUGCCACUACAUCAGCGAGGCCCGUUCGCAACAGCACGAGCGCGGCCGACUCAUUCAAAGCAGAGGUCGAGCAGCGCGCGCGACAGAAUGUGCCGCAGCUGGCCAAUGACGCACUGCCACUCAACUCGCAACAGCAGAGUUCCGAAGUAACUCAAGGCGCCCAGCCCGCUUCAGCGUCGCCAUCGAUCUCGCCACGUACGCCAGCCAAGGAUCAUCUCAAGACACCGCCUUCUGCAGCGCACUCGCCAGAGGCUGAAGAUCCGCACUCCCCAUCUCACGCCAGGGAGCGUCGAACGUCUUCGUCGUCCAACGCUGCCAAACGCCGCAUGGCGGUGAUGCGCGGCCUGCACAAAACUCCCAAUCACCGCGCCGAGAUGAUUGCACCGUUGCGUGUGCUUGUUGUGGAAGACGAUCCGAUCAACCGCAUGAUCCUCAAGAAGCGACUGGGUCUCGAUGGCCACACGACGCUGUUCGCAGUCAAUGGCGAAGAAGGUGUCCGACAGUUCGAGCAGGAUGCUAAAGAGAUCGAUGUGAUCUUGAUGGACCUGCAGAUGCCCAUCUGCAACGGUCAGGAAGCUUGCAUCCGCAUUCGUGAGCUGGAGAAGAAGUGGGCAGAGUCUGGCGAGCACGCCGAUCGUCCCGCUUCACAUGUCCUCAACGGCCGCGUGCCCAUCUUGGCCGUGUCUGCAACGCUAGUCCCGCAGAUGCGCGAGGAGAUGGUUGACAUUGGUAUGGACGGCUGGAUCCUCAAGCCUAUCGACUUUGCUCGUCUCGGUGCAUUGCUCAAAGGCUUGCUCCAUCCUGAAGACCGCGUCGCCAAUCACUGGAAGCAAGGCUACGUGUGGGAAAAGGGUGGAUGGCUUUCAGAGCCCGCGCAGCGUUCGGUGCCCAUUUCCACAGCAUCCAUCUCGGCAGCCACUGUCAGCGCCAGUGCCGUCACACAGAAUCACAACAACGACAACAACAACAACAACAACAACGACAACAACAACAACAACAACAACGACAACAACAACAACAACAACAACAACAACGAAAGCUCGAACCAGUCGGUACCUCCUAGCGAACCGCUCAGCCCUCCGAGCGCCUAG